GGAACUGGAGACGACACGAACCGCUGGAACUCGGUAUCUCAGUGGAUCCGGAGCCGCGCUGGUUCUACUGUCUGUAUAAAUAAUUUACCCGGACUGUGUGGUGUCGGUGCUGCUCCGCUGACCCGCGUUCGAACCGGAUUAUUCGGUUAUUAUGGAGGAGGACACCGCGGUACCGGACUUUAGGGAUAUCGAGGUGAAGCUGGGUCGGAAGGUACCUGAGAGUUUGGCGAGGUCCAUCACACACAGGGGGAAACCAGUAGAGUCCUUCAGAGGAACCAGUGGAGGAACCAGCUCUGGACUCCAACAGCUGGAUAGCAAACUGCUCUUCCUCAAACAGGAGAUGGCUCACCUCCGCGCCAUCGACGUGAAGUUGAUGCAGCAGCUGCUCUCCAUCAACGAGGGCAUCGAGUCGUUCCGCUGGGUGAUGGAGGAGCGAGGGGGCGUGGCCAGCCGCGAGGGCAGCUCCAACGGGAGCCUGUACAGCCUGUCGGACAGUCAGGACGCCUCCCAGGACGGCAGCACCAGCAGCCUGCACCAGCGGCUGGACGAGCUGGACGGCAUCUCGGUGGGCAGCUACCUGGACACGCUGGGGGACGAGCUGGACCUGUCGGACAGCUUCAACGAGGGGACGCUGGGCAGGGACGACACGCUGAAGAAGUCCACGCACAGGUCCAGGGCCGACUCGGACGAGUACUACUGCUUCGGAUGACAUUAGCCGCCGGCGAGCGGAGUCGCUAGUGAGAGGCCGACCGUUAAUCGGGACACGCCGCUGGGAUUCUAUUAACGGGUCACACCAAGUAUGGACAAAGUAUCGGGACACCACUAGGUACUGGACUAGUAAUCGGAAGGUCGCUGGUUCAAGCCCCACUGCGGCCAGGUUGGCACUGUUGGGCCCUUGAACAAGGCCCUACUGUCACAGUACUGUAAGUCACUUCGGAUUAAAGUGUCUGCUAAAUGCUGAAAAUGUAAAUGAAUCAUAUAUGCGUCAACAGUUUGGGGAAGGACGCUUCCCUUUCCUUUUCUCAAUAAAGACGUGGUUUGGUUUGACUAAGCAGAAAAGAACCGGGAUGAAUUGGAAGCAAAACCUGACCUCACAAGCAGUGUUUUGACAGAACCGGCAUAAAUCCCCAUAGUUACACUCCAAAAUCUUGUGGAAACCAUAGUUUAAUACACAUGGUUUUGGAAAAAGCUUAUCAUAAGUUGUCCGGAUACUUUUGGCCAUAAUGUGUAUAACAGCAGGGAGUAAAUACAUUUUAUGCCCUCAUAUAUGCAUCAACAGUUUGGGGAAGGACGCUUCCCUCUCCUCGUCUCAAUAAAGACGUGGUUUGGCUUGACAAGGCAAAAAAAAAAAAGCGGGAUGAAUGCAUGUCCUAACCUCACAAGCAGUGUUUUGACUAAACAGGCAUAAAUCCCUAUAGGUACACUCCAAAAUCUAGUGGAUCUUCAUAGUAAUGCACAUUGUUUUUAAACGAGCUCAUCAUAAAGUGUCCGGAUGCUAAUUCUGCAGUAAUAUAUAAUAAAUUUUAUGCCUUCAUAAAUGCGUAGACAGUUUGGGGAAGGACGCUUCCCUCUCCUCCAGUAUGACCGUCCCCGUGUGCACCAGGCUUCUCAAAGAGAGAAAAGCGCUGGGAUGAAUUGGAAGCAAGACCUGACCUCACAAGCACUGUUUUGACUGAGGAGGCAUAAAUCCUCAUAGUUAAAUAAAAAGGAUGUGGUGCCAGCAUAUUUUGGAACGAGCUCAUCGUAAAGUGUCCGGAUACUGACCUCGCAAGCAUUCUUUUUACUGAAGAGGCAUAAAUCCCCACAGGUACACUCCAGAAUCUUGUGGAAACCACAAGGUUUUGGAACAAGCUCGUCAUAAGGUGUCAAAAUACUUAUAACAGCAGGGAAUAAAGUCUUUUUAUUAUUUUAUUAUUUAUACCAAAAAUGUUCAUGUUUUAAAUAAUUUCACUUUUUUUGUCCAGUUGCUUAAUGUUUUCAUAUGAUAAUUAGAAUCAGAGAAUAAAAAACCAAACAUUAUAUAUUAUAUAUAAAAUUGUAAUAAUUUUUUACAUCCUAAUCAUGAACUGCAGCUCCAAAAUGUUAAUAUAGUUAAAUUAAGUUAAUUAUAUAAAAUUAAUAUAAAUUAGCAUGCACACCGAUUAGCCAAACCGUUAGCAUUAGCAACAGGCACUUUUUGGAUGUUUUGCUAUCACAAAAAUGCUCAAAUUUAAAUAAAUGAAGCGUAAAUAAAUACAAAUCUGAUGUUCUAAAGGUUUUUGGUUUGUUUACAAAGCUAAACAGGGAAAUUUGUUAAUAAAAAUAAAUCGUUUUAUUUGUUUUGUUUGUUUGUUUUUAGCGGUUAGCAUUCAAGUCCAUAGAAAUCAAAAUCACUUAAAAAAAUCACUUUUAAUGGUCAAAGUGAGACGAGUUCCAUCAAUCAGAUGUUUUACAGAAAGAUAUUAUUAGCUAACACGUCUUAAAAGAGGUUUAAAAAUAAUAAUAAUAAUAAUAAAUACUUGGUCCUGCAAGUAGAUCAGCAGGAUCAAGUCAUUAGCCUUCUAGCUAACGUGCUAGUUAAUGCUUAAUGCUUCAACAAUACAGCAUUAAAAAGAAAAUAUGAACAUAAUAGUGUAAACAACCACAGAGAUGUUUUUAAAUCAAGCAAAAAAAUCAAAUUUUAUUGAAUUGACAGAGCUGUUGUGUGCAGUGCAUUAUGGGAGCUGUAGUUUCUUAUACAGAAAAUGUGCUUUGCGCGUCCCUUUCCCAUCACUUCAAUUUUAGCUGUAAUCGCUAAGCUAGCAGAUUGCUAAACACUGGAUUACAUGAAUAGCUUUAUUUUGGCUAAAGAAAAAAAAACAGACCAUCUAUGUACUACAUUACCCACAAUUCCUUUGCAACAACUAGCCAAUUAGAAAAGAUAUUGGAGCCGAACAGCGACCUCUGCAGCACUCAGUUAGCAUUUUGACUAGCUUGUAAACGUGCUAGGUGUGAAUCCAGUGGGUGUGAAUCGUCAUGCUGCGGGACGCUAGAUCCAGAACGGCUGCGGCGCUAAGUUUAUCCGUGUGCAGGUAUGAGAUUUCAUAUAAUGCUAACAAACCCAAGCGGAAACGACUCCAUCAGAACAUCCGCUAACAGCUAAGCUACCGUUACUGUUUAUCACUAAAGCUAGCUUGUUAGCCUGCUAGCAAACCAACUUCUGAAGUAUGAAACUCUGAAUAGAAAUGAGCUACAGCUAAAUACAGCUAAUGCUAACACAGGGCUACAAUGCUAACUGCACUGAAGUGAUGGAUUAUCAGGAAAAUUGUGUAAAUCUGUCAUUAGCCUAGCACUGCUAAGAACAACAAUGUGCUAGCUAAAUGAGCAGUGUUCUCAUACAAACGGGUGCAAAUCCACCUGCUGCAUUUCACGAUCUGUGUCAUUUACAGAAGACUGAAUUUAUGCCUCUUUUACACGCGCUAUACAGACAAAAGUAUUCGGACGCCGUUUAAUUCCUGAAUUCAGUCAAAGGUCCUUUUCUGUGUUAUUUCGACUAAACGGGCACAAAUCCCCACAGACGUACUCCAAAGUCCUGUGAGAAGCUUCUCAGAGAGGUCACUCAGACGUCGCUCUGUUUUAAUACCGUUUCUUGUUUAAGCUCACACGCCGCGUCCGAAUACUUUUGCUCGUAUCGUGUACCCAUUUGUUUUUGUUUGUUUUUUUACAGUGUGAUUAUUUUAUUUAGUGACUGUAACGGUUCAUGUUUCACUUUGUUGCUCCUAAUUUAUUUUGGACUGUUUGUUUUGUUAUUGAUUUUUUACGCUGGUGUAGACGUGAUGAUAAUAUAUUGUUUGUUUUUACGUG